GUAAGUCUUCAGACAGGCCCGACCACGUGACUAGAUGUCGCUGCCGCUGUGUGAGGAGGUUUGGUCCUCGCUGGUCUCCGUACUGACCCCCUGAGUGCUCGGGAGGAGGCGGAGGGCGCCGCCAUGGUGUCCAAGAUAUUCAAGCUGGCAGCGGUGCCCGCCGGACUGGUCGUCUCCUCCUACGGCUUCUACGCGGUUUCUGACCGUGAAGCCAAAGGUGAUCGUCUGAACCCCCAGCAGUUGUCACUUUACGUUGUUCCUCCACAAGAGUCGCGAUUCGUUGAAGCACAGCCGGGCCGCGUGCAGUGCGCGUUCUCUGCCGUGCGGAAAGCCGUGUGGCCUGUGAUAACCUGGACUCAGAAUUCCUGCAGAUCAGUGAGGAAUGGAGUGGAGGAAACCAUACAGUUUGGGAAAGAUAGUUACGCCUACCUGAAGAACCCGCCCCCCGAGUUUCUGCCACGAGUGGGGAUCAUCUCCGUCAGUGGAUUGGCUGGCUUGGUUUUAGCCAGAAAAGGUUCUAGGUUGAAGAAGGUCGUGUACCCGCUGGGUUUGGCCGCGCUGGGUGCGUCCGUCUGUUAUCCGGCACACGCGGUUAUCGUCGCCAAGUUGAGCAGUAAGAAACUAUACAGCGCUGGUCAUUGGACGUACGAAUCCGUCAGCUCUUUAUGGAAAACAAAACCUCAGAAAGAAGAAGCAAUACCGGCCUCGUCGGAAGAAGUCAAGGUGACUACGAGAGAAGAGGACAUCGGUGAAGCAGAGGCUGAGACGUCGCCUGCAAAACACGUUGUGCGAGAAGAGGCUGAGACGUCGCCUGCAAAACACGGUGUGCAAGAUGAGCAGGAACCAUCCGCCUCACCGGAGCCUUCAUUACCUGUAGAUCCAGAGAAAACUAGCACUACAAAUGACUACACAGAGUCGCCAAAGGACAUGAAGUUUCAGCCCCCACCGGAGCUUGUUGACCACGGGCAGUCGAACCCUGAGGAUGUAGAUCUGUACAGCACCAGAUCCUGAGCGGCCGCCCCCGGAUCCCGUUAAUGAAGGUCUCCACAGAAAACUUUUUUUCUAACCUCCUAACUCACGUGUUUUACUUUCUCACAUUUGAUAAAAUAAAUAGAGACGUCCAAGA